CAAACACCAACGCGAACAACGCGAACUGUCAAAAUAUUAAAUACACAAAUAGAACCUUUCAAUGUACGCCAAAACCGUGCCGACCGAGGAAAUUCUUUUUCUUAGUGGUUACUUCUGUUUCGUUUCGACGCACUCGGUGGUUCCGGCCGUUGCACCGCUCAGCGCACGAUCGUUGUCGUCGUCGUCGAGAGAGGGGAACAAUACGGAAGGCGGUCGCGGCUCGCUAACGUACCGGACGGUGCUUUCCCGUGGAGCGCAGCCCGUACAGCAACCAUGUUUAUGGAGAAGAUCUUCGACAACGUUGGCGUUGAUAUGAUAACCAGCAAUGAUUCGGAGGAAUCGAUGGAGAAGUUUACCAACAGCAUCGGCGGUGGUAAAUAUCAAACGGUGAUAACGGAUCUCGGAAAGGCUCUGCUGCAGGCCGCCCGGGCCGGCAACACACCCAAGGUGCUCGAGCUGAUGGGCCGCGGUGCACCGUUCACCGCUGAUUGGCUCGGGACAACACCGUUGCAUUUAGCCGCACGACACAACCACAUCGAAACCUGCCGAGCGCUGCUAAGGGCCGGCAUAAGCAAGGACUCGAAAACGAAGGUCGACCGAACGCCCCUGCAUCUGGCUGCCUACCAUGGUAAUAUAGAGAUAGUGGAGCUGUUGCUAAGCAGCAAGUGCGAGGUCGAUGCGAAGGAUUUGCUCAAAAUGACCCCUCUGCACUGGGCGGUGGAAAAGCGGCACAACAAGGUGGUGGAAAUGCUGCUCCAGCACGGUGCCGACCCGAACGCACUGUCCAAGUUCGACAAGUCGCCGAUACUGCUCGCCACCAACAUGAAGCAGAUGGAGCUGGUGCGGAUACUGAUGCUGGCGAACCAGAUGCGGGCGGCAAGCAGUGAACAAGUGGGGGUAAAGGAAGCGACCGACAGUCUCAUGCACGAGCUGCAGCAGCACAAGGAGCGUCACCUGCCGGACCAGCCGACCGCCGCGAACGAAAACGACGAGAUCGAGGACAACAUUACGAUGGAGCUGAGCAAUGACAGCAAUACGCAGCUGUCGGACCACUCGAACCACUCGCUGACGGACCAUUUCAUCGAGAAGGACGACAGCUUGAGCGACGCCAUAACGAACCUGGUCCAGAGCACGGAGACGGAUCCGAAAAAUCUCGACUCGUCCACGCUGCAGAUGCUGAAGGAGCACGGCAUUUCGUUCAUGCCGUCGGACGAUACCGGUAGCCUUAUCACGUCCGCGAUCAAGAGCGGCCGCAAGGUGGUGCUGUCCGAGGCGGGCAAGUACGCGCUUAAAGAAACGAGAAACAUUCAUCCCCAGCAGCAGCAGCAGCAGCAACAGCAGCACACACAACCUGCCCAGAGGCAAACGGGAUCGUCGACCGUGCCCGGGACCGCCGCCACCGCCAUUAGCCAUCCCAAAACGAAGACAAUCAAAAUCAUUAAAAAGCAAGCCUCGUCGUCGGGCAACUCGUCGUUCGGGGUAAGCUUACCGGGCCAGCAGCACUCGCACAUCCAUCACGUACACCAGUCGAGCGCGACGGGCGCGACGCCGACGAUCAAGACGAACAAGGUGAUCAAAAUCCUCUCGCCGGAGGAGUUCAAACAGAUCUGUGGCGGUGAGGUGGGCGGCAUCAAGCGGGUGUCCUCCUCGGAGUACAAGAAGGUUCCGGUCGGGUCGGGAACGGUGAGAUUCCCCGUCGGCAGUCGCUCGCACGUGAUACCAUCGUCCCAUCAUGGUGGUGCCGUGGGCACGAAGCAGAUCAGCAAGAUCGUGAUGACGAAAUCCGGCCAGCGGUUCCCGGUGGUGGCGGCCGCCGGCAAAUCCGUCAGCGACCUGGUGCAAGCGAAGCACAGCAUCGCGAACGGACUGUCCAGCGGGCACAACCGGCACAUCAUCACGUCGGCGGACGGUGUGAAGCGGCUCCGGACAGCCACCGGUAUGGAGAUCAUCUCGUCCCUGCCCACCAAGCUGCCCCAGGAUACGGUCGUGUCGGUCGAAUCGUCGCCCCGGGUCGGCGCCGUGUACCACCGGGUGACGGCGAUGGGCAACCACCAUCACCAUACGGCCACAAACACCAUCACCACCACCUCCACCACCUCCUCCCUCUCGUCGGCGGUGAAAAGUGGCAGCGGGACGGCGGCCACCAAUCUCGUGGUGGAGCUGCUCGAACGCCAGCUGCUCGAGCUGAAAAAGCUCACCGAAGAUCUGCGGAAACAGUUCGACCUGUCGCAGAAGCAGAACGAGGAGUACCGGACGCGGGUCGACAAGCUGGAGAAGGAGGUGCAAAUGCUCAAGCAGCAGCAGCACGGGUCGGGCGGUGGCACGGUGGCGGAGACGGCCGCCGGCAGCCUGGUCGAGAUACUGUAAAGCCCCAGCGUCACGGCCAGUAACGGUUGCGCGUAACGCGUACCGGUAACCGUACGUAUAUGGUGCAACCUUGACACACUUACACACCCAAACACACACAAAACUCUACUACCUUUUAGGAAUAGUUUGUAAAAAAUGGAUGAGAAAAUUGAGCGCGUGUGUGGCACGCGCGAAAUUUCGUUGAAAAUGUUAACACGUUCGGGAAAUGUUGUUGAAACAUUGUUGGCUGCUGAUUAUGCUGCUGAUGAUGAUGGUAGUGAUGGGAGAAAUGGCAACAAUCCUGACGCGAGAUUACUUUCUAUACCUGAACUCUGGUGCUGCAUGUGUCUAUUUUUUACCUCUUUAGCUCUUUCGUUCGUUUAAGCGCAAUUUAAAGGCUGAAUUACGUUGUCUUUUGAUUGUACGCUUUAGUUAGUUUACAUUGUUGCAACGAUUCGGUUCUAUAACCGCUGGAAGAGUUGUUGCUUUUCUUGUUAUCGUAAUCAACGCACUACGUUACUAUUAGGUUUCCAAAUUACCGUUCCAUCGAAUCUCUGAGAAGAUUUCUUAAUCGUGCACAAGCAAAUUCAACCCAUUUCAGUUUCGUUGUUUUGAACAUGAGACGUUAACAGCAACGUUUAAGCGAACGAUCGCUUCAUCUACCUCGUCCCACACAGGAACGGUACUGAUUUAACAGGAACAAACAAACUAACAAACAAUGAAAUAGCAAUAACAAACAGCAAUAGUAUGUAAAAGUUAAACAAUUCAACAAAACAGUCAACGAUGAAAACAGCAAAACGACUCCCAUCCCAUCAUAACGGCCAGUUCAAAUGUAAAUUCAAACCGCGCGCGCGCGCGAGAGAGUAGAGAAAGUGAAAUUUUGCCACCACCACCACCACCACCACAUCAUAAGCUGUAUAGGAGUUGUUGGUUUUAAAUUAUAGCGCUAGGGACUGUGGAGGAGCAACAGAGGAAACUAACAGCAAGCAUUGAGCAACAAAUAGAUGUGCUUUCUUUUGCGUUCGUGUAUGACGCUUUUGCGGAUCGUUUGUUUAACACAAAAGAGAAAGGGCGAAAUUGCCGUAUGAUCAUGAUGCUAAUUGUGUGAUUGCUUUUUUGGUUUCAAAAUUACUAAUACGAAACACCAAGCCAAACAACACAAACACAAUGAAAGUGAACAGCUGCUAAACACCUCAAAUUUACUUACAAUCGUUUGCAUUUAUUCAGCAAUUUCGCGACCACGUCUAAACGAAACACAAAUGCUCAUUUGGCAAUUUGUUCAGCCGUUUGCUGCCGUUUCCAAGUUGAAAUUGCCACCAAUUUGCACCCAAACAGAAAGGGUGCAAGAAUCAGAUUAUACAUUACAGGGGUUUCCAGGAGUUCUUACAGGGUUUCCCACGAUUUAUUGGUUGGUUCUCAUCAAUUUUUGGUGGGUUCCCAUAUUUUUUUGGUGCGUUCCCACGAUUUUUUGGUCGUUUCCCAGAAUUUUUUGGUCCAAUUGUAUUGAUAUCCAAUCGGAAAAUACCAAUAAAUUAUGGGAACGAACCAAAAAUUUAUGGGAUACGACCAAAAAAUCGUGGGAACACACCAAAAAAUCAUGGGAACUGACCAAUAAAUCGUGGGAAACCCUGUAUAGCUGUGGGACACUUUAUUGACCUGUUUCGUACGGGAAUUGGACUCUGCAGCACGCUUGUUGGACAAAUCCAAUAGGAAUUUUCAAGGUGCAUGUCCAAGAGAGUACAAUUCCCAUCAUAUGACGUUCACUUCCCAUUAGAAAGAGUCAAGGAAGUGUUGUCCCACAACUAUGAGAACCCCUUGGAAAACUCUGUCUACUAAUAAGAGGCCUAGUAAGGUAGAAGACAGAUAGAUGGACAGGUAGGUCACAAAAUCACCACCAAUGCGCUCACAGCGCUGUGUUGCAUUGUUUGUUGUUUUUUUUUGGCAGGCAGAUGUUUAAGCGGGUGGAAAAGCGUAUAAGAAUCGGGGCUAGAAUUCGUUAGAAUCGUAAGCAAUAAUCGAAGAGAAGAGGGAGAUAGGGUAGAGGGGAAGGGUGCGCUCUCUGUAUGUAACUCUCUCUCUCUCUGUCUCUCCCUUUAUCUCUCUGUCAUUGUUCCUCACGAAAGGGUUCAUCUUUUUUUUUCUCUUGUACAUAUAGAAAUUAAGCCGCUAAACUUGUUUUGUAAAAUGUAACUUUACGUAACAUCGCCUUACUUCGGUUUUAUUUUUCGUAACAAGUCGAAAGCAGAUUAAGUAACGUGUUUGAAGGAGGGAGAGGGAGGAAGUAGAUACAGAUUUCUUCUCAACAAGCAACCGUUUGCCGUGGAACGGCGGAAGCGAAGCAGAAGGGAACGACUUAUAACGUGGCUUCCAUGCAGCAGCAGCGUGCGCGGGUGUGCGUCUGCGUAAACGCAAGCCCUCCUCACGCAAGUGUUUCGGUAGAAUGUAAACUCUAAAUAAACAAAAAGCCACGGAUGCAUUUCAUUUUCAAUUCAUCGCCUCUCUUUAAUUUCUUCUCCUUUUAAGGGAAAAUUGAACAUUUUCCAGUUCCUGUCCUGUUCAAAGCUUACACGCCGGUGUGCUUCUUCACCCAAUCCCGGAAGGCG